AUGACGACCAACGGCGCCACCCCAGUCCAAGACCGCUCCUCCAAGCACAAGAUUAACCUCCGAGACAGCCGCCCCGUCUUCUCCAACGCCAAUGGCUCAAUCCAAGAGUUCACCACCAACGAGCUCCCCAUGCUCAAGAACCUCUCCCUCCAAAAGAUCGAGCUCAACCCCGACUGCAUCCUCGAACCAAAGUGGUUCGUCAACUGCAACGCCAUCGCUUACGUCCUCACCGGCAACACCCUAGUCCGCACCCUCGAUUCCGCCAGCGACAUGUCCACCUUCACCGUCUCCGAAGGCCAGAUGUUUCACGUCCACUCCGGAGCCCUCUUCACCGUCGAGAACACCUCCUCCACCACCGCCGCCACCUUCCUGAUCUGCGCCCGCCACGAACAUCCCAAAGAAUUCACCCUCUCCCGCAGCGCCGCCGCCUUCACCGACGCGGUCCUCGCCAACACCUUCGUACGUCGACGCUCCGUCUUCGCCAAAUACUCCCCCCGCUCCACCACCCCACCCAACCCAACCAUCAUCAAGCGCUCCGGCCCCGCAGAAGUCCCCACCAAUGCGAAAUGGCCGCACCCAAACCGCUUCGACGUCGAGGACAUGCAAGCCCCAACCUUCGCCGCCGGCGUCGGCUCCGCCAAGAAAGCCCGCGCGCAGUACUGGAAGAUCCUGACCAACAUCGCCAUGUACUCCCUCCGCAUCGAGGACAAGGGCAUGCGCGAACCCCACUGGCACCCGGACACCGUCGAGAUGGGCUACAUCAAAGAAGGCCACGCGCGCAUGUCCAUCAUGGACCGGAUGGGUCACUACCCGCACCAGAUCGAAGUCAUCCAGCCAGGCCUUAACGGGGAAGGGUUCGUGCAUCCGCAAAGCGUCAAGGCUGGAGAGGAGAUCCCGAUUCAUUUCUUGAUCUUCUUCGAUCAGCCUAUGCCGAAGGAUGUUGGGUUCCGACAGGCUGGCACGGUCAUGUCAAGGAGGGUGCUAGCGGCCGCGUUCGGUAUGAAGGAGGCGGAAUUGCCGGAGUUUCCGUAUGAUAAUGAGGAUCCGUUGAUUGUAUUGAAGAAGAACGUGGCUGAUCCGGUUGUUUGA